CCUGGCCGGCAGGCAGGGCUGCAGUCACGGGGCGGCGCGGAGGGCCACAGCCUGGUCAGGGGUGUGGCCGCCGCCACCGUAAGGCUAGGCCGCGAGCCCGGUCCUGGGAGCCCCCUCCGUCGCCGCCGUAGGAGCCGCCCCAUCAGGACCAAGAACACAGGAUCUUAUGUGCACCCAUUUUGCGAUGACAGACUGACCAAGUGAUCUGGCUUUUCUCCACGCUCUGGGAAAUAGUUCAACUCUGUCAAAGAGCAGUCAAGAAAAGUUCAUAUAUUGAGAGUGAUGUGAUGAUGGCUGUUUGAAAAGCUUGGAACUACCUUUUUAGAUUAAAUAGGCUUGUUUCUGUCUCAAAUCUGGAUUAGGGCCAAUGCUUUGAUAUCCCAGUCAGCAAAGAUCAGAAGUCAAGAAUUCAGAAUCUUUCAUCAUGCUCUGAAAUCAUUUGUCAAUAAACAACAAAGACCUUCUAGGGCUGGAUAGAAGAGCUUGGAAGAGGAGCUCUUCUAUCAGCUGGGGACUCUGGAUGGGAAAAAGGCUUAGUUCAGGUCUGGUGAAGAAUUUGAGAAUAAGUGAAAUGCAAGGGAACAGUAGUCAAGAAAGUGAUUAGUACUGGGUGUUGACUGGGAUGUGAGGAAAAAGGUGCCUUACACUGUUGGCGAGGAGGACUGAAGUAGAAAUUGGUACAGCCUUUCUGGAGUGCAGUUUUGCAAGGUGUAUUAAAAAUGUUAAAGAUUAUCUUAACAAGAAAACCAACUGGAAAAAAAUGAAAUUCCUUAUCUUCGCAUUUUUUGGUGGUGCUCACCUUUUAUCCCUGUGCUCUGGGAAAGCUAUAUACAAGAAUGGCAUCUCUAAGAGGACUUUUCAAGAAAUAAAAGAAGAAAUAGCCAGCUAUGGAGAUGUUGCUAAAGCAAUUAUCAACCUAGCUGUUUAUGGUAAAGCCCAGAACAGAUCCUAUGAGCGACUGGCACUUCUGGUUGAUACUGUUGGACCCAGACUCAGUGGCUCCAAGAACCUAGAAAAAGCCAUCCAAAUUAUGUACCAAAACCUGCAGCAAGAUGGGCUGGAGAAUGUUCACCUGGAGCCAGUGAGAAUACCCCACUGGGAGAGGGGAGAAGAAUCGGCUGUGAUGCUGGAGCCAAGAAUUCAUAAGAUAGCCAUUCUGGGUCUUGGCAGCAGCAUUGGGACUCCUCCAGAAGGCAUUACAGCAGAAGUUCUGGUGGUGACCUCUUUUGAUGAACUGCAGAGAAGGGCCUCAGAAGCAAGAGGGAAGAUUGUUGUUUAUAACCAACCUUACAUCAACUACUCGAGGACGGUGCAAUACCGAACGCAGGGAGCGGUGGAAGCUGCCAAGGUCGGGGCUGUGGCAUCUCUCAUUCGAUCCGUGGCCUCCCUCUCCAUCUACAGUCCUCACACAGGUAUUCAGGAAUACCAGGAUGGCGUGCCCAAGAUUCCAACAGCCUGUAUUACAGUGGAAGAUGCAGAAAUGAUGUCAAGAAUGGCUUCUCGUGGGAUCAAAAUUGUCAUUCAGCUAAAGAUGGGGGCAAAGACCUAUCCAGAUACUGAUUCCUUCAACACUGUAGCAGAGAUCACUGGGAGCAAAUAUCCAGAACAGGUUGUACUGGUCAGUGGACAUCUGGACAGCUGGGAUGUUGGGCAGGGUGCCAUGGAUGAUGGCGGUGGAGCCUUUAUAUCAUGGGAAGCACUCUCUCUUAUUAAAGAUCUUGGGCUGCGUCCAAAGAGGACUCUGCGGCUGGUGCUCUGGACUGCAGAAGAACAAGGGGGAGUUGGUGCCUUCCAGUAUUAUCAAUUACACAAGGUAAAUAUAUCCAACUACAGCCUAGUGAUGGAGUCUGACACGGGAACCUUCUUACCCACUGGGCUGCAAUUCACUGGCAGUGAAAAGGCCAGGGCCAUCAUGGAGGAGGUUAUGAGCCUGCUGCAGCCCCUCAAUAUCACUCAGGUCCUGAGCCAUGGAGAAGGGACAGACAUCAACUUUUGGAUCCAAGCUGGAGUGCCUGGAGCCAGUCUACUUGAUGACUUAUACAAGUAUUUCUUCUUCCAUCACUCCCACGGAGACACCAUGACUGUCAUGGAUCCAAAGCAGAUGAAUGUUGCUGCUGCUGUUUGGGCUGUUGUUUCCUAUGUUGUUGCAGACAUGGAAGAAAUGCUGCCUAGGUCCUAGAAACAGCAAGAAAGAAACAUUUUCAUGCUUCUGGCCAGGAAUCCUGGCUCUGCAACUUUGGAAAACCCCUCUUCACAUAACAAUUUCAUCUAAUUCAUCUUCAAAGCGCAACUCUAUUUCAUGUUUUCUGUUAUUAUCUUUCUUGAUACUUUCCAAAUUCUCUGAUUCUAGAAAAAGGAAUCAUUCUCCCCUCCCUUCCACCACAUAGAAUCAACAUAUGAUAGGGAUCACAGCGAGGGCAUUUCUUUAUAUCACCUCUUAAAAACAUCGUUUCCACUUUAAAACUAAACACAAUAAAUUUUUGGAAGAUCUCUGA